GCAGCUGAAGAUUGUGUUCACCGGGCUCCUGUUCAGGAUAGUGCUCAGACGCAGGCUUAGCGACUACCAGUGGCUCGCCAUCUGGCAGCUUGCUUGCGGACGGGCAACCGUCAGCCAGAUCCCCAACAGGGAGCCGCAUGAGACAAAGGCCCCCUUCUUCGGCGUGGUGCUCUCUGUGAUAUCUUGCUGUUUGUCUGCUUUGGCGGGCAUCUACAACGAGAAGAUCAUGAAGGACAACUGCCAGUAUCAGCAUUCAUUGGCAGAAUCUGCAGCUCUACACGUGGGGCAUAUUCUUUUGUCUUAUCGGAGAUCGAUUUUCUCCCCGCGGUGGAAGCGCAUUGCAACCACAAGGUUUUUUUAG